AUGGGUGUCACCAUGAUCGUCGAAUGGACUUACCAUGGUCGAUACCACCCGGGAUACGAUUGGAUUGUUUGCUAUGCUCCGGUGAUGAUUGCUCUCCCCGUCCUCUCCUGGAUGAUAUGUCUUUCCUUCGCCUUUGCUUUCAACAAGGGUCAGGUUAAAUUGUUGUUACCGGUCACCGAUCAGUCACAGUUGGAACAACCACAAGAUGAGGUGAUGCAACAACUACCACUGGCAUUGCAUUAUCAGCAACCUGGGGUGGUGCAAGUCCAACCUGUUCAUGAUCACACAUCUGAUUCGAACUUAAGACGUAAGGGAAUAAAUAUAGAAUGUCUGACUGUGGAAACUGAUAAUAAGGAUGACACAGAGACUCUGAAAAGAUCAUGUUCUUUGCCAGUAUAUAGCACUCCAAUUGACAACAGCAAGAUUAAGCGUACAUCAAGUUUUUGA